GUGCUGGAUGGAAGGUCGACGAUGGGUAGUAAUUUGUUUGUUGUAAAUCUAUGGAAAAGUAUGAGAGAGAAACUAAAGAACAAGGAUGAGAGUCUUGGUACCUUUCCUGGGCCCUUGAUACUAACGAAGAAGAAUGUGCCAAAGGAAAAACAGUGGAAUCCGGUAGAGCUUAUUUCGAGACAGAGAUGCUCCUGGCCACAAAAAUUAUGUUCCAAAUAUGAUAGGAGGAGCUUCCCAAAUCAAUAUAGCAGUCUUGUUAAG